AUGGAUACCAAGGCUCUCCUCCAGAAGAAUGGUUAUGAUGAUAUUUAUCUUGCUGGUAUGUGGAAGGAUACGUUGCCUGCAGCCCUCGUCUGGACCGUGGAGGCUGCAUCACACGGCCGGCCGACGCAGUAUCAAGGCCCUUCGUGGAGUUGGUCUGCGGUAAACGGUGCCAUCUCAUACGACUACCGGAAGAUGCAACAAGACUCGAAUGACGGUUUAUGUAAAUUGAUCGACGCCAAGUAUGAGUCAGGAACAGCUGCAGCCGGCAGCCUCACACUUCGGGGGAAACUGGCCAUUGGGAAACUAUGCCAUCACGAUUAUAACGGCUGGGUUGAAGAUGGCUUGAUGCCCGAGGAUGUGCUAAGGAUUCGAUAUGGUGCACAGAUGGAUAUCGCCGAAUUGGUUGAUCCGGAUACGGGAGCCAGCCUGGGUAAGGCACCAGAUCACAUGGAUCACUUACACGAGUGGUGCGUCCGCUUUGACACCAAGCACGAUAUGAAGGAGGAGGUCUUUAUGCUCCCAGAUUGCUCUGAUAAAGAGUAUUAG